ACACAACGGGUUUUACAAUUGUACUGCAAAAUUAUAACACAGAGGAAGUCAGGAAGAGUAUGUCUAAUUAAACAAAAAGGAUAGAAAUACAGAUGCAAAGAGGAAAAACGGGACUGAAUAAUUCAAUAAAUUAAAAUGUUACAAAUAUUAAUGGUUUUUAAAGCUUUCUUAUUGUGAGAGGAACACAGAGUUGUGUUUCUCUCCUGAAAGUGGAGAAGUUACAUUUAUGUGGUGGUUGAUUAAUGAGGUGAAAAGCACGACAGUCUCACUAAAGUCAGAGUCACCAAACACGUCCUGGGACUCAUUCUGAUCAGAUGCUGUUAGAGAUCAAACGACAUGUAAAACCUCAGUAAAUGUUUCUAUAUCGCUCUUAUAUUUUAACAGGGUUAAAUCAACAGCAGCUUAAACCAAAUCUCCUUUUGAAACCACACUCGUCAUAAACAACCAUCGAGCCCUCUGAACACUAAGCGGAAACGGAAGUGACGUACAAGCACACCGCCGUUUCGUCUAAAUUCAAAAUGAACAUCAGAUGACUUCAGAUGUCUUAAAGUUGUUUUGACCACGUUGUCUUUGAGUCUGUUUGUGCUUUAAAGCUGAUUUGCUGCUUUGUUGGAAGUAAAGCGUCAACACAGGAAGUUAAAAAAACAGUUGACCUUUUCCCACAAUCCACCGGGAGAGAGUGAAGGCGCGUUUUGUUGGUAGACAGUUGGUGGUGCGUGUCCGUGGGCUCCCUGGGUUCCAGCGCUAUCACAGCGUCGCCUGAGCACAGAGACAACGCGUCUGCUCUUCGCUCCCCUGUUUGCGGACUUUCGCGCUGAUUCCCGCCGACAUGGCUCCGUACUUGCUGACAGCAGGUGUUAGCCUGCUGGCUAAGUCCUUCAGUGUGCUCUCCUGCACUGGCUCUCUGGCAAGGUGUACCAGCGUGCUGCCCUCUGCAUUCUUCAGCCCAGUGAAGUUUCUGACCUCCGAGGCCCGCUCCCCUCCAAAGAGACCUCUGAACGGAUACAUGAGAUAUGUUCAGCAACAGAAGCCGCUCAUGGCCAGACAGAACCCAGAAAUCAAAGCAGUGGAUCUGAUUAAGACGAUUGCCCAGCAGUGGAGAUCACUGAGCCCAGAACAGAAACAGCCGUUUCAGGAAGCUUCUCUCCGGGCCCGGGAACAGUUCAAGGUGGAUCUAGAGCGCUAUCAAGCCCAGCUGACUCCUGCACAGCUGCAGCAACAAGCCCAGGAGAAAAGGCAGAGGAGGGCCAAGAGGAAGGCCAUCCGCAAGAAGAGGGAGUUGACAAACCUGGGGAAGCCCAAACGUCCUCGCUCUCCUUUCAACAUCUUCAUGUCGGAGCACUUUGAGGAGGCUAAAGGAACUACGUCUCAGGCUAAGAUGAAGUCGCUGUUGGAGGACUGGAGGAAUCUCUUCAGCCAUCAGAAACAGGUCUACACGCAGCUCGCUGAGGAUGACAAGAUUCGCUACAAGAAUGAGAUGAAGUCGUGGGAGGACCACAUGGUGGAGAUCGGAAGAGAAGACCUGAUCCGAGAGCGGACCCUGUCUACCAAGAAGAAACCUGCUGCGAGAGCCAAGAAGGCAACAAAGAAGGUAAUAAAGAAGGCUAAAACUGUGAAGAAAGCCACGGGAACGUCAAAACCCUCCAAGAAGACCACAAAAAGCAGAUCAGCGAAAACUGUCAGCCCGCCGUCCACCAAGAAGACAUAAGACGCGUCCAGAGGAGGUGACAGGAGCUGUGAUGGCUCGGGCGGAGCUCGGCCUCGCUUUUCUCUGACUUGAAAGCCAGCUGUCUCAGCUGACAGGACAGAACUUUGAUAACCUUCAGACAGAUCCGCAUCAUUGAUGUCUCCAGAUAAACCGCGAUGGCAGCAUUUGUAAAAAAGGUACCUGUGAGUUCGAGUCCUUCCCUGUGAUGCAGACUCACUCCUCCAGGCUUAGAUGGAGUAGUAAAAUACCAAGUUUGACUUUAAAAGUGUGAGAGCCAAAUGAAGCAAGCCUAUUGGCGUCAGAGCGCUGACGUGUACCGCUGUGGUGUUGACAGGAACAAACUGGUUCCUGUUGCCGUCCUAGAACACCUGCAGGAAUAAUGUGGGCUGCAUUUUUUACUUCAACACAUCCACACAAAAUCCUACAACAAUGAAUGAGUCUGAAUGUGUCCUGUAAGGUCCACUGAUUCUACCUGAACCUGACAUAAAUCCAUACUUGGUGCUGGUGAGUGUGCAGCUUUAAACGCAGCGCUCGGGGCGGUCCCACAUUUCCUCUUGAGAUCAGAGCACCGCUGUUCACAUGCAAGAAACCUGACUGAAUUUUAGUGUCAUUACUGUCACGCCUGUUGCUUCAGUAGCAACUUUAACGUGUGUCCGUGACCCUGAAUGAAACCAGCUGCUUUACACUCUGUACUCGGCUAACGUCCGGUAACAUUUGGUCUGUUCUGUUAUUAUGAAGAGCAUAGUGUAGUACUGAUAGCUGCUUUGUGUUGUAGAGUGUACAGUUCUCUGUGCUGCCAUGUUCAUCCUGCUUUAUUAUGUCUUUCCUUGUAUGGCGUUUUUUUUUUUCCUCAAUAAACCUUCGUAUACACUUUUCUUCUAAA